CAUGCCACUGCAAACAUAUGGAAAACAUUCAACCGUAGUUCAACCUGUACAUUUUCGUAGUGAUCAAAGUUGACCUAUUGCAUUGUUAAAAAGAUAUGGAUUGGAAAUAUAUUCUUUCUUUGGAUCCCAACGAAAUUAACGAAGAUGCCAAGGAUGAACUCUUCAAUACAAUCACGUGGUUUGAAGUGGAAGAAGAGAGCGGGAUGGAUUUGAAAAGAUGCAAGGCAUUGCUUCGUGUCAGUCAACAAGUACUGAAAUACAAGGGAGAACAAGUUGAAACUUUACUCCAUGAGUUAGAGGAAAAUGCAGUUCGGCAAGGGGAAGAGGAAGCAAAACGAUUGGAGUCGGAGGCUGACGUUAGGUCCAUUAGGUCAUCGAGAAAAUCAACGUCUAUUGAAUACGAAAAUCUAGAACAGAAAUACAUAGAAUUGAAGGCUAAAUAUAAAAAGGCACUGAAGGUUAAUGAGAAACAAUCGUCUGAAAUCUACAAGCUAAAUAAUAUUGUGAAAAAGCUCACUCAGGAAAAUAAAAGACUCGAAAAUGAAUUGAGAACAAGACCCUCAUCCGAUAUUAGUAGCGAGUCUGACGUAUCUGAGUCUGUCAAAGAUAGACAAAGGGAGUUAUUAGAAACGAUUCAGAAUAAGAACAAACAAAUAUCUGACUUGCUAAAUGAUAUUGAGGAUGUGGAAAAAGAAAAUUCAGUUCUGAGAGAUAAACUUACCACUGUCAGAGAUGAAUUGGCGUUAGCUACAAAAGAAAUAACCUCUAUGACUAAGUUGCUAAAAGAAAAAGAUGGAACUAUACUAGAAAAUACUGAGCAAUUAAGUAAAGCUAAAGAACAGUGCGAAAACGCUAGGAAAGCAAAGCUAGAAUUAGAAGAUGAAUUGAAAACGACAACAAUACAGCUGAACACCAAAUUAGAUGACUUGCAGACACUUUUGGACAAAAAAGACAAAGAAAUACAUAAUCUCAAAUCCCAUCUGAGAGACCAAAGUUUGAAUUCCUCAAUAUCAAGUCUUCCUAAAGACGAUCCAGAUGUAUCGCACUUGGAAGUUCUCAAAAAGAUCCUCCGUGAAAGAGAGGAUCAACUCUUAGAACUUCAAAGUCAACUUAGAGUAGCUACAAAAGAGAUACAAAAGAAUACUGAUGAGAUGAAGAGUAUUAAAGUAGAAAAAGACAGAUCUAGGAGCAAAAUCAGUGAGCUGGAGGACAGUGUCAACGAGUUAAAGAACCAGUUGCAAAUAGGCCACGAAAGGUGUCAGAAACUGCAAGAUGAAGUUGCUUUUGCAGAAAAAGUAGCUGAAGAAAAGGAAGCGGAGGUUCAAGAAGUAUUGGACAAAAUAGAAAAAGCAGAGGUUGCAGAAUAUUUGCGGCAGGUUCAUGAACUCAAAUCAACUAACAGAUUGAAAGAGAAACAGAUAAUUAACUUGGUAAAGACCUCCAACAAGCUUCAAGAUAUUUGCGAACAUUUGGAGAGGCAAAAUUAUGCUUUAAGGCAUCAGCUGGGAAUUUCAGAAGACGAACAAGUGGAUAUUAGUAUUUCAACUCAGAAAGAACGGAAGGUCCAAAAAGAAAUAGACCAUCUGAAGCAGAAAAUUUCCAAGAGAGAAGAUUACGUACUGACGCUGAAAUCUGAAAUCCACCAGUUGAACCAGGUGAAUGCGUCCUUGACCAAUCAGAUCUUACAGCUGGGUCAUAAGCCUGUUUAUGGCAAAUUGUCUAGUGUACCAGACGUGUCUUGUAAAGAAGAGCUCAAAGCGCUUGUCGAAGAAAACGAGGCACUUAGGAAAGGAAUGCACGAAAUAUUGAACAGCGUAAACGCAAAGAAAGCGGGGUCACUAAAGGAGAUCCAAUCAGGAACUUUGGAGCAGCUUUUGAGGGCGCUUGACGUCAAACACAUCUCGGGAUGGUAUCAUCCUGCGAUGAGGCUCCAAGCUGAGCUACAUAAUUUGGAAGGUAUUAACGCAGAACUGAGAGACCAGCUAAGAGAGAUACGAACUGAACUGAACAAAUAUAAAGAUGGUGAAAUUUCUGCAAAAAUUGAAAUCGACACAAAACCAAUGUCAGUUCGAGCAACUAGCGAUCCAACGGACUCUGUUGACGCAGAUCUGCAAAACAUUAAUCCAGAUAACGUGAAAGGUGUUCUCAAGAUGAUAUUUCUAAAAAUCAAAACUGAUGAUGCUGGACUCAAUAAACUGCAAGAUGAAUUCGAAUUAUCGUACUGCAAAAUGUUUGACGAGCAAAAAAAACUAACAGGCGAGCUGAAAGAAACAGAGGAUGGCUUGAAGCAAUUUCAGCUGAAAAAUCAAAUUAUCGAAGAAAAACUUAAUGUUCUCACUAAUAAUACAACUGAUGUUGAUAGGGUGACUAAAAUUGAGGAACUAAUAUCAGAAAAUGUUACACUUAAAAGAAAGGUAGUUUAUUUGGAGAAUGAAGUUAAAUCUCAGUGUAGUAAGUUGGAAGAAUUACAUAAAUACAUCAGAAACACUGAAAACAGUUAUCUCAACAAAAUCAAUGAUCUGCAAAAACAAAAUAAAAUCAUUGAAACAAACUUAUAUAUUCAAAAGAACAUUGCAGAUACAAGCGUUGAUAUCGAAGCUCAUAAGGAGCUAGAGACCAAUCUUAAAAACAUCACAGUGAAAUACAGAGAACUGGCCGAACAACUUAAGGAAGAAAACGAUGCAAGAUCCUUAGAAAUGCAAAUCCUGUGCGAAACCGAAAAGAGUUUAAAUGCGGAAAAAGUAGAGCUGAGUUCAAAACUCAUCGAUGCUCGGGCAAAAUUACAUUUGCAGGACGUUAGUUGUUAUGAAGAUAAAGCAGAAAAGCUUGCACAGAAGUUGUCGGAGGCAGAGGUGAAUGAAAUUACUGAACGUCAGCGAGCUAACCAUACCAACAACUUGUAUGAAUUAGUCAAAGAACAGCUGAACAAAUCAGAAGAUAGAUUCAAAGAUUAUUCAAAGUAUAACGAGGAGUUGCUGAAGAAGAAUCUGAUUUUGCAAGAGCAGCUGAAAGACGUGGAAACCGUUGUAAGUGAUUAUGUAGACAAAGCUUUGUAUAAGCAAGUGCAGCUGAAGAAUAAUGAACUUUUGCGAGAAAAGGAGAAGCUUGAGGUGGUAAUAUUGCAGCUGGAAAAAGAUAGCAUGCAAAGGAGAAAAGAUUUCGAAAGUAUCACAUUAUGGACUGAGUCCAAAGAGCAAGAGUUAUUGAAUCUAAAGCAUCAGAUAGUAGAUUUGAUCGCAGCAUCUGAAGAAAACAUUGUUAUAUCACAGCUGAAUAGUGAUAUACUCCAGUAUAAACAAAGUCAGACUUUUUACAAGAAACAAGCAGAGGAAUAUAAUAAAGAAUUGGAAAGACUAAAGGAAGAUAUCGUAAAGCAAAAUGAAAUCGUUCAAAAAGAGAAGGCUGACUUGGUGGAAAAGGAAGCUGCACAUGGUAAAAAGAUUGGACACCUGCAGAACCUAUUGAAGAUGCAGAAAAUACAGUAUCUGGGCUGUGUUCCUCUAAGAUCGGAAGAAGCUUACAUCAGCAAUCUGAGGAUCAUAAAUAGAGAAAAACACGAAGCUUUCCUCGCUCUCCAUAGAGCUAGAAGUUUGGAAAAUGAAGCACAGGUGUUCAAAGAAAAACUGAACUUAGAUUUGGAUUAUUUAAAAAAAGAGAGAGAAUUACUUUCAGGAAUACAUAAAAAGGAGUAUCAAGAGGCCAUCACGUGGAUGCAGGAAAAGAAAAAUUUACAAAUUAGCGAACUUCGCUAUAAACGCCAAUCCGAAUUUAAAGAGUCUCAAAUACAGCAUUUCUUAGAAAGGAUAAAGAUUCAAGAUGAACAAAUUGCAAAACUGGAUGAAGAUGUGCUACUUUUGCACAAAUCCGUUGAUACUAAUACAGUGUCUAAAGAAGCUCUGACAGAGCCAGAAACGAAAUCUGCUUAUCAGACAUACUCAAAAAUAAACAGUAGAUCUGUUGAGACACAAACAGAUCUAGAAGUGAUUCCGGUUAAGGAUAACAAACAAGAGCUGGUUAACAUUAAGUGUGAUUUGCUGAGAGCGCAGGAGGUUUUGAAAGAGAAAGAACACGUUAUUGAUCAGCUGAAGAGUAAGAUGAAGUGGCACUUAGCGUUAUGAUUUCACCAUCAUUUGGAACAGACUUUGAUGGAUCUUCAGCUUCUUUGACCAAUUUAACUUCAGUACCACCCUGCACGUCAUCUCCUGAGACGUUGUCUUCAACUUCAAUUCCACAUUCUGAUAACGAAAUUCCUUCACUUUCAUUAAGAAAUUCUUCAAUUUGGUGAGAAUGAGAUGGCGAUUAAUCUAUUCAGGAAGCAAAUCGGAGACAAGCAAAGUCAAAUUAGUUUUUAUGAGAGACACAUCGUGGAAUUGCAAAACAAGAAGGAUGAAAUAAUGAAUUCUAGUGGUGGUGCCGGAGGUGACAAUAUUUCUGUUGGCACCGAAACUCAAUUACAGAAUGAACUUAUAGCGCUGAAGGGUUCUAUAAAGGAUCUUCAAGACAGACUAAGUUCAAAAGAUGAAGAAAUUAUAAAGUAUCAAACGCUAUUGAAAGUCGACAGAGACAAGCAUAGUUUAGCAGCUGCAAGUUUGCAAGAAGAGCUACAAAAGCUGAAAGCCUGCCUUCUGGAGGAAAAGCAUAAGAAUGAAAGUCAGAAAGAGACUUUGCAAACAGCAACCAAUAGAGCUGCUUUGGAACAGUAUAUUUCACAGGUGCAUGCACUGGAAAAGCACACCUCAGAGUUGCAUACCAAGAUAUCAAGCUUGGAAGCCCAACUUCAAUCCAGCAGAGAAGAGAACGUGAGGUGGAUGUCUUUGGCCAAUGACAGACUCAAAGCCAUGGAGGAACUGCGAAACAGGU